CACCUAGGAGCCCAUCACCAGAGGCUGGAGAGCCAGUCGGGCAGGAAGUCGAGGCAGACAAGACGAGCCCGGAAGACGUGUGGGAGAGCGAGGCGGAAUGGGAACAGAGUCGGGGUCCAUCACGGGGCUCAGGAUGGAGGUCAUGCAGGACUCGGCAGAGGAGCCGGAGCCACAGCACUUCAUCGUCCAAGGUGUCGAGAGGUGCAAUGCAAAGAGCAUAUAAGGGGCAAGAUAGCCCUGGCUCAGUAAGACAUUCAAAGAAGUUCCAAAGUGGGUUCUACAAGGCAAGAUGACCCCCUGGAUUAGCUUUCCCGUGGCUCUGCUGGCAUUGCUGAUAGCUGUGUCUAUGGAGAAAGGAAGCUCUGAGCAGGAGACGGAAACCAGCUGCUGUGCACAGCUAAAGGGCUUAUCCCAGUGUGGAGCAGACAAAGUCUUCCUCCAAGGCCAGCCAGGCACACCAGGAAUUCCAGGUGUGCCAGGAACAAAUGGAUUGCCUGGAGCUAAGGGCGACACAGGUCCUCAGGGCCCCCCAGGUGAGAGAGGAUCUUCUGGGACAACUGGGAAAGCAGGACCCAAGGGAGAUAAAGGAGACCAAGGAGAUGCAUGCAGUUUUGCCAGCUGUCAGCAGCACGAGACCAGAGCAAGAAACUGCAAAGAGCUUUUAGAACAUGGAGAGACACUGAAUGGCUGGUACAUUAUCUAUCCAAUAACAGGGAAAUCAAUGGCUGUCUUCUGUGACAUGGAGACUGAUGGAGGAGGAUGGCUGGUAUUCCAGAGGCGGCAGGAUGGAUCAGUGAAUUUCUACCGUGGCUGGCAGGCCUACAAGAAAGGAUUUGGGAACCAAGCUUCAGAAUUCUGGCUGGGCAAUGAUAAAAUCCAUCUUCUCACAAAUUCUGGAGUACAGCAGCUACGGAUUGACACAAGGGACUUCAAUGACACUAACACUUAUGCUGCGUAUACCAGUUUCCGAAUCUUGAGUGAGGAGGAAAACUACCAACUAGCAGUGGGAUCCUACUUAGGUGGCAACAUGGGUGAUUCCUUCUCAUCACAUAAUGGCAUGAACUUCUCUACACUGGAUAGGGAUAAUGAUAUCCAUGACAAAGGAAGCUGUGCUGUGUCCUACAAGGGUGCCUGGUGGUACAGUGUCUGUCACUCUUCAAACCUGAAUGGUCUGUACCUCAAAGGCGAACACACUUCUUAUGCCAAUGGCAUCAACUGGGCUGCUGGGAAGGGUCACCAUUAUUCUUAUAAAUAUUCAGAUAUGAAAAUUAGACCACAGUAAGUGAAACUAGCACUUCGCUCUGUAUGGCCACGAUCUCCUCCAGGAAUUUACUAGCACAUAAGGUUCCAUAUGAAUUCUAAGCGUGACAAAGCAAUAACUCAAGAUAGGCAUUUAUAGUACAGUUUCACUUAAUGAAAAGGGCCAUUUUGAGACUCCUUUUUCCCAACUAAGUCUAACUUCAAGGAGUAUGUUUAGGAUCUAUUUCAUCUUCAGAAGUUGACCAUCCUUUUUUUCCAUGGGAAGGUGUGACAACAGUUAAAUUUUGAUAGCAGUCAAAUGAAAGGUGAGUCCUCCUGGAAGGAUUAACAAUAUGCAUUGGGAAAACAAAGAAAGAUGAUGGAAAGAUGGCCUCUUCCUUGCCUAUGACAAGGGGUUUCUUAGGACAAGAAAGGAUGGCUCUUCUGCAUUUAUAAAACUCCCUUUCUUUGGGGUUAGGGGUGAAAUUAAACUGAUAUGGGCAGGUAUGGAGUAUUAGUAAGAAAAUGGUUGAAGUGAUAGCUCUCGUCUUCUGGUCUGAGGAGCCCUCCCACAAAAUAGAAAGAGAAUCACUCAGAAGGUCAAAGGGAAGAAGGAAUCUGAUACUCAGUAGGGCUUACUCCCAGGAAAGAGUUUUAUAUGUGUACUCAUAAAUGUUCACAAAGGAUUUGAUUUCUUUAUGCUAUGGAUUCAAUUGCUCUGUAUAUUGGCUCCCUUUCUUGAGGCUUCAGCUGCUUCACGUGAGCUUUGAAUACUGUCCUGUGGAUUAAAUAGCUGUCAUGAAGCUUGGCUCACUUUCUUGAGAGAGUUGUUCUAUAUGAAUGUUGAAUUUUCUGCUGUGGGUUCACUGAGUAUCUUUUGAACUACAUUCUCAGACUCAACCUUUUUGAUCUCAAAAUGGAUGAAAUGAUUUUCAGAAUGUUUUAAAUGCUUAAUGAGAAAGACUUAAUUCCUUAAUAUGCUGCAUACAUGAAUAUUAUUGUUCCUUUACUUUCCCUUGUAACUUAACAGCCUACAAGCCAUACAGUAAAGUAUAAAUAUGUAAUUUAUAGCUCCAUAGAUAAAUAUGGCUAGAUCACAUGUACACUUUUUCAUCUUGCUUGAUAGCAAAAUCUUUAAUCUCAGAGACAAAUUCAUAUUGGAGAUUUUUAACUGUAGAACAUUCCCGUAUAUACAUUCUUAAUCAGGGCCAGUAGCCACUUAGGAAUAGAGGUGGAAUUCAACUUUUCCCAUAAACAAGUGUGAGGUGUUGAAUCAAAAGCUGCUCAAAAAUCAACAAUGGCAGCAAAUAUAGAUUCUCCGUUAGCUUUAAUAUAUUUAUUGACAAGGGUUGAUAGAAUCAGCGUUGUACACAUUUACAACCUAUUCGAAAGCCAAACUGCUCUUGCUGAAUUAUGUUGUAUUCUUCCAUCGGUUCUUUUAGUUUAAUCAUUAAAAAGGCAGAGUUCAACUGGGAGAAAGUCAUACCCAGGAAUCUUUCCAGUUUUCAUUUGUCUAAUUAUAGCUAGAACUUCUCUUGGGGACACCGGAGACCAAUCGGGUAACUGUGCAAUAUCAAUGCUGAAAGAAGAGGUGGGGCCUCUCACAGUGUCUUUAAACAUAUCUUCAAAGUAGCAUUCCCAAGUGGACAAUGAGAUAGAAUCUGAUAUUUUACCUCGCUGAAAAUAUCUAAAUUCUUGCUAAUUGGCUCCCUUGGGUUUUUUUUCUUUAAGUAGUUUUAAAAGUCCGAAGUAACCUGCUUCUGCAUGUUCUCUCUUUUUGCUUGAUUAGGUUCUCAUAACGAUGUUUCAAAAGAAGAAAUAGCCUUCUUCUUUCUAAAGUUCCAGACUUCCUACAUGCAGUGUAGGCUUUUUUUAAGCUCUAGCUUAUAAAAUCAGCGAUCAUUAUCAAACAAGAUACUUUUUGCUGACAUUCUACAUUUCUUAAUUGGCUUUGCUAAAGCGGAAGAGAAAAGGCCAACCAAUUGAUCUAACUUUUCAGCAGUUUUCCAUAUUAUCAGAUUAAAUAAUUGAGGUUCAUAGUGCUUUAGCUUCUUUGGACCCAGGUAUUUUCUGGCAGUCUCUGACCAUUUGAGAAUUCCAGUUUUUAUGAACUGUAACAGUUGUGGAUUUAUUUCCUUUAAACUUUAAAGAAAUACUAGGGAAAAGAGAGAGAUGAAAAAGGUAAUGGUUAAUGGCAAGGAGGACCCCAGCUAAGAGUCUCCUUAUGCGAUCUACAUUAUGUUUGAAAAUCAUAAAAUCUAUUAUACUCGCCCCUUUAUUUAAGCAAUAUGUAAACUUUCCAUCCAAAUUGACUAGAGGGUCACCAUUUAGGAUUCUAAAGCCUAAAUUAACCACAAAAAUUGAUAUCGUGAUCCAUGAAUAGUUUAUACCAGGAUCUUUUGAAAUCCAGUGAGUAGAAAGAUCUAAUUAAUUGAGUGCUUUAACAGUCCACACCUCAGGUUUACAGGUGACACUACUUGUACUGUUCCAGCAGCAAGCUGAAUAUAUUACUCAGUAUGUACUAGACUAGAAUAUAUGCCUAUAGUUUUAAGAGAAGUGCAUCUUGGGAGUUGUAGUGCCUUACCCCACAGGUUUCAAUUCCUAUGGCAUUCAGAGCCCACCAAAACUUGUUGGGGCCAUUUCCUCCUUUGUUCAGUCACACCUUGGCAGGGAGAGGAGCAAGUCAUCUCUUUUUUCCACCACAUUCACUGGGUCUACAAAGUUCCACCAAGCACCUUUAUGCAUGAAAGAUGCACUCUCUCCUUUCGUUAUUUAGUAAGAACUGUGAGUAGAGAUUCCUUUUUUUAAAAAAAGAAUUUUUAUUAGGUGAGAAUAUUAAUAUACAACUUUCAAAUAACAUCUCAUUAUCCUUUUCCCCCACCCUUUCCCUCCCCCCUUUUUCCAGGACUUCCAACAGCUUUCCAACCCUAUAUCCUAAUCUAUUCCCAAUCUUGGUUGUUGUGGGUUUUCCGGGCUGUAUUGCCGUGGUCUUGGCAUUGUAGUUCCUGACGUUUCACCAGCAGCUGUGGCUGGCAGUGAGA